AUGCCCUCGUUCUCGCGUCUCGUGCGUUUCCUCGCCCGGGAUGGUCGAACGUACUAUGGUGAUGCCAUUCUUCCAAAUGGAACCACGGACAUUUCUAAAUCUAAAAGCGCCCGCAUAAUCACUGGCAACAUAUUUGGAAACCAUAGUGUCACGGAUCAGGUCGCAGACAUAGGCCGUUUACUGCCCCCUCUGGACCCAUCCCUGGUCAAGACCGUGAGGUGCCUUGGCUUAAAUUACGCUGAUCAUGCCAAGGAAACAAAUUUGCCUCAGCCGCAAUAUCCGAUUCUCUUCUAUAAACCUGCUACAUCGCUCUCGGGUCCAUCGGAUCCUAUUCCCGUGCCUCUUGUCGCGCAAGAAGGCUCAGGACUUGAUUACGAGUGCGAGCUUGUCAUUGUAAUUGGGAAGAGAUGCACGGACAUUGAAGAAUCAGACGCGCUCGACUGCGUUCUCGGCUUUUCCGUUGGGAAUGAUGUGUCGCACCGAGACUGGCAAAUGAAAUGGGGAGGAAGUCAGUGGUCACAUGGCAAAAGCUACGACGGAUGGGCUCCCUACGGUCCAGGUAUUGUCACGACCAAAGUUGUCAAAGAUCCUCAUCGCCUAAAAAUUUGGACCAAGAUCAAUGGAGAGAUUCGCCAGAAUGGAACCACUGCGGAUUUGAUAUUUGGAGUCGAGAAGACGGUUUCUUUGCUGAGCCGUGGGGUAACUCUCAUGCCCGGCGACAUCAUUUUCACUGGAACACCCGCGGGAGUCGGCAUGGGUCGCAAACCUCCAGCUUGGCUUCAGGAUGGUGACGUCGUUGAAGUGGGACUUGAGCAGAUAGGAACUUGCGUAAAUAGGAUAGCAUUCGCGGAUAAAAAAGCAAAGCUGUAG